CCAGGGUGGCCAGGCAGCCAGGUUGCAGCAGGAGUGUGACUAUCUGCACAUGAUCGAGGUACAACACAGGCAGUGCCUGGAGGAGGCCCAGCUGGAGAACGAAACAACAGGCUGCAGCAAGAUGUGGGACAACCUCACCUGCUGGCCGGCCACCCCUCAGGGCCAGGUGGUCGUCUUGGCCUGUCCCCCCAUCUUCAAGCUUUUCUCCCCUAUUCAAGGCCGCAAUGUGAGCCGCAGCUGCACUGAGGAAGGCUGGACACAACUGGAGCCUGGCCCCUACCCUGUUGCCUGUGGCCUGGAUGACAAGGCAGCAAGUCUGGAUGAGCAGCAGACAAUGUUCUACCAUUCUGUGAAGACUGGCUACACUAUUGGCUACAGCCUCUCCCUCACCACCCUUCUGGUUGCCAUGGCUAUCUUAAGUCUGUCCAGGAAGCUCCACUGUACCCGGAACUAUAUCCACAUGCACCUCUUCAUGUCCUUCAUCCUGAGGGCAUCCGCUGUCUUCAUCAAAGACUUGACCCUCUUCCACAGCGGGGAGUCGGACCACUGCGCUGAGGGCUCGGUGGGCUGUAAGGCAGCAGUGGUCUUUUUCCAGUACUGUGUCAUGGCCAACUUCUUCUGGCUGCUGGUGGAAGGCCUCUACCUGCACACCCUUCUUGCCGUCUCCUUCUUCUCCGAGCGGAAGUACUUCUGGGGGUACAUACUCAUCGGCUGGGGAGUACCCAGCACCUUCAUCAUGGUGUGGACCAUCAUCAGGAUCUAUUUUGAAGAUUAUGGAUGCUGGGACACCAUCAACUCCUCAUUGUGGUGGAUCAUAAAGGCCCCCAUCCUCACCUCUAUCUUGGUGAACUUCAUCCUGUUUAUCUGCAUCAUCCGAAUCCUUGUUCAGAAACUGAGGCCUCCAGAUAUUGGAAAGAAUGACAGCAGCCCAUACUCGAGGCUGGCCAAGUCCACACUCCUGCUGAUUCCCCUGUUUGGAGUUCACUACAUCAUGUUCGCCUUCUUCCCCGACAACUUCAAGGCAGAAGUGAAAAUGGUCUUUGAGCUUGUCGUGGGGUCUUUUCAGGGUUUUGUGGUUGCCAUCCUCUACUGCUUCCUCAAUGGUGAGGUGCAGGCAGAGCUUCGUCGGAAGUGGCGGCGCUGGCACCUGCAGGGCGUACUGGGCUGGCCCUCCAAGCACCAGCACCCGUGGGGAGGCAGCAACGGUGCCACAUGCAGCACGCAAGUCUCCAUGCUGACCCGCGUCAGCCCCAGCGCGCGCCGCUCCUCCAGCUUUCAGGCAGAAGUCUCCUUGGUUUGACCACCAGGGACCCAAGGUGGCCCCUUCGCACCCGCCCAGCCGGCACCGGGAGUAGAGAGCUGCCCUGGC